AUGUCCGUGAUCGUCUUUGGUCCCACCGGUGGUGUCGCUUCCGUUGCGGCACUCACUGCCCAAGAGCAUGGCGCCGAAGUUUACCUAGCCAUGCGAGACACACAGAAGCAAAUUCCCGGACUAAGCCCGGAAAAUGAACAGAAAGGCGGAUUCAAAAGAGUUCAAGCCGACCUGACCAACCCGGAGUCUGUCGCCGCAGCCGUCAAAUCAUCCGGGGCAAAGCGCGCAUUCACAUACCUUGCUAUCGGUACCCCGGACCACAUGCGCACCACAUUUGCGGCAAUGAAAUCGGCUGGGAUCGAGUUCGUUGUUUUCCUCAGCAGCUAUACCGUCGCUGGAGAGCCGAAAGAUGUCUCUCCUGCUGAUCUCAUCCCUUACGUCCAUGCGCAGGUAGAGAUCAGCCUCGACGAGAUUUACGGACAAGAAAGCUACGUUGCUCUGAGACCGGGUGGCUUUGCGACGAAUCUGCUGCGCUUCAAGAAGGGCAUUCAGACUGGCGAAGUCAAGGUCUGGGCUCCUGGCUUCAAAUUCGACUGCAUUACACCGGGUGAUAUGGGUCGCGUGAGUGGAACGAUCUUGGUCCAUGGGCCGAAGAAUGGACAGAGGAAGAUUUAUCUAUAUGGUCCCCACCUCAUCGCUCAAGGAGAUGCCAUCAUGGCCAUUGGAAAAAUCGUUGGCAAAGACAUCACUCUUGCGACUAUUGGCGAGAAAGAAGCUUUGGACGAGUAUAUUGCAGGCGGAAUCCCCAAGCCACUAGCCGAAUAUAUGGUGCAGAAGUCUGCAAGCACGUCUAAUGAGCUUACAGACCGGGCUUGUUAUGAUAUUGGGGUCGAGAAUGUGGGGCUGUAUACGGGGAAGCCUUCUACCAAGUUCGAGGACUGGGUUGCAGAAAAUAAGGAGCUCUUUCUGGCCUGA